CUCCCUCUCUCACACAGUCAGACAGCCACAUACAUGGCUGACGGAGUUCGUGAGGAGAGAUACGGGUAAUUUUGCAUAUUUAAUCGCUUGGCAGAUUUGAGGUGUAUGCUUCUGACGGAUAUGAAGACGACGGUGAUUUUUGGCGUAAUUCACAGGUUAAAUAGUUGGGGAUGGGAGAGGCUCUGAUGCUGGCAGCACCAUUACUGUGAAAUAAACUCCAAACUCAUUAAGAGAAACCAGCAGAUAUACCAAAGCACUCCAGAAGGCAACAAAAUGUCCAAAAGCAAGAGCUCUGAAUCCGUUAAGGUAGUGGUGCGUUGUCGCCCCAUGAAUGAGAAGGAGCGAGUCGCCAACUUCGAUAGAGUGGUCUCUGUGGAUGUGAAGUUAGGGCAAGUGGCCGUGCGCAACCCUCGAGCUGCAUCCUCCCAUGAGCACCCCAAAGUGUUCACCUUCGAUUCCGUUUAUGACUGGAAUUCAAAGCAGAUGGAGCUCUACGAUGAGACUUUCCGCCCAUUGGUGGACUCUGUACUGUUCGGCUUCAAUGGGACCAUCUUUGCAUACGGCCAGACGGGCACCGGAAAGACUUUCACGAUGGAAGGGGUACGAAACGACCCCGACAGGAGGGGUGUCAUUCCGAACUCCUUUGAACACAUUUUUACGCACAUCUCCCGCUCUCAGAACCAGCAGUACUUGGUCAGGGCCUCAUACUUGGAGAUUUAUCAAGAAGAAAUCAGGGACCUCUUAUCGAAGGACCAGAUGCACCGAUUGGAGCUCAAAGAGAGGCCUGAUACGGGCGUCUACGUUAAAGACCUCUCUUCGUUCGUCACUAAAAGCGUUCGUGAGAUUGAGCAUGUGAUGAAUGUGGGGAACCAGAACCGCUCGGUUGGUGCGACUAACAUGAACGAGCACAGCUCUCGCUCUCACGCCAUCUUCGUCAUCACCGUUGAGUGCAGUGAGUUGGGUCCUGAUGGAGAGAACCACAUUCGGGUUGGGAAACUCAACCUCGUUGACCUGGCAGGAAGUGAACGACAGACCAAAACUGGAGCGCAGGGUGAGCGCUUGAAAGAAGCCACCAAAAUCAACCUCUCCUUGUCAGCUUUGGGCAACGUCAUCUCAGCGCUGGUGGACGGGAGAAGCACCCACAUCCCGUACCGCGACUCUAAGCUUACGAGACUGCUGCAGGAUUCCUUGGGUGGAAAUGCCAGGACGGUUAUGGUGGCCAACAUCGGACCUGCUUCCUACAAUGUAGAGGAGACUCUGACCACGCUACGCUAUGCAAACCGCGCCAAAAACAUCAAGAACAAACCCCGCGUCAAUGAAGACCCCAAGGAUGCCCUGCUCCGGGAGUUUCAGGAGGAGAUCGCCCGCUUGAAAGAACAGUUGGAGAAAAGGUCUGGCAAGAAGAGGAGAAAAAGGAGGAGGAGGAGGGUUGGAGAAGGAGGAGAGGAGUUAGAGGAUGGGGAGGAUGAUGAUGAUGAGGACGAUGAUGAUGACGACGAAGAGGAAGAAAUGGGUGCGGAUAAGAACAUCUCUGAUUACUGGCGUGAGCAACAGGAGAAGCUGGAGAAGGAGAGGAGGGCCAUCAUGGAGGACCACAGCCUGGUGGCGGAGGACAAACAGCGGCUGCUGAAAGAGAAGGAGAGGAAGAUGGACGAUCUUCGCAGAGAGAAGGACGCUUCCGAGAUGCUGACGGCCAAAGUUAAGGCCAUGGAGAGCAAGCUGCUGGUGGGAGGGAAGAACAUUGUUGACCACACCAAUGAGCAGCAGAGGAUUCUGGAGCUGAAGAGACAGGAGAUUGCUGAACAGAAAAGGCGGGAACGGGAGAUGAAGCAGGAAAUAGAGUGUCGUGAUGAAGAUACACUGGAGUUGAAAGAGACGUACAGCUCACUGCAGCAGGAAGUUGACAUCAAGACCAAAAAAUUGAAAAAGCUCUUUUCCAAGCUCCAGUCUGUGAAGGCGGAGAUUCAGGACGCCCAGGAUGAACAUGUCAAAUACAGGCAGGAGCUGGAGCAGACUCAGAACGAGCUGACCAGAGAACUCAAACUCAAACAUCUGAUCAUAGAGAACUUCAUCCCACUGGAGGAGAAGAACAAGAUUGUGACUAGAGCCACUUUUGACGAGGAAGAUGACCUCUGGAAAAUGACCCCCAUCACCCGCAUUCAAAAUGAUCAGCAGAUGAUGAAAAGGCCUGUUUCUGCAGUCGGCUACAGACGGCCUCUGAGUCAGCAUGCCCGUAUGGCCAUGUUGAUGCGGCCUGAUGUCAGAUACAAGGCUGAGAAUAUCUUGCUGCUGGAGUUGGAUUUGCCCACACGGACCACAAAGGACUACGAGGGACCGGUGAUAGCACCUAAAGUGGCUGCGGCUCUGGAGGACGCUCUGAGAGAGGAGGACGAGAUCCAGGUGGACGCCUCUGGCCUCCGUGCCAGCCUUGGCUCCAGUCCAGGCCUCAGCGCCACCGCUGCUGGGUUUUCCAAGAAACCAAAGUCAGGCCGCCCAAAAACUGUCAAGAAGGUGAGCACUGCAACUUCAGCUCACAGCCCUUUGUCCGGCUCAGGGUCCCCUCUUUACCCACAAUCUCGAGGCCUUGUGCCUAAGUGACCCCGGCCUUCGCUGCUCCGUAUGAACUAACCAGCUUUGGCAUCAAUGUUCUUAAAUGCCAGGCAAAA